AUAAGACUCACAUAAUUGAGUACAUAGGUAAACUAAAAGUACUUUUAGUGGUAUUAUUUAUAAUAAUUAUGAUAAUAGCCUGUCAAAGUUCGCGAGCGUCAGAGUAUACCUCAUAUUUUGUACUAUUUUGAAAGUUGAAGUUGUUUUAGUUGAAAGAAAUAUAAUGUCGAAGUUACUACGGUCCAUGGCGGGUUGCAAACACAUUUUAAGUGCAAGCAAUAGAUCUUAUUCGUGUUUACCAUUAACGGUUUUAAGCGAUGAUGAAAAACUCUUCAAAGACACUGUACGAAAAUUCAGCGAAAAGGAGGUGAAACCUCGCGUGCGUAGCAUGGAAACGGCAGGCCAGCUGGAUCCUGAAUUAAUAAGAAAAUACUUUGAACAUGGAUUUAUGGGCAUUGAGGUUGAAACCAAGUAUGGCGGAGCAGAGAGCGGUUUUAUGAAUAUGGUAAUUCUAUUGGAAGAAAUAUCGAAGGUGGAUGCAGCUGCAAGUCCAAUCAUACAGGUGCAGAAUGUCCUCGUGUCUACGGUGCUUCGUAAAGCAGCAUCCGAGGAGCACAAAUUGCGAUAUCUGCCGCAGUUAUGCAGUGAGAAACUUGGAAGUUUUGCACUAACCGAACCAGAUAGCGGAUCUGAUGCAUUCUCGUUGGCAACACACGCGCGACAAGAUGGCGACGAUUACGUCAUAAACGGUAGCAAAAUGUUUAUCACCGGCGCGGAUGUUGCGGAUAUUUUUCUAAUAAUGGCCAAUGCUAAGCCCGAACUGGGAUACCGAGGCAUAACAUGUUUCAUAGUGGAAAGAAAUACAAAGGGCUUAAUUGUUCAUAAAAGAGAAGAUAAAUUAGGCAUUCAAGCGUCUGGUACGUGCGCGCUCACGCUGGACAACGUGCGUGUGCAUAAAAGUCAGAUUUUAGGCGAACACGGAAAGGGAUAUCUAUACGCAAUUAAGUUUCUCACAGAAGGACGUAUUGGUGUUGCGGCACAAAUGAUUGGUUUAGCUCAAGGAUGCUUCAACGUAACUAUACCUUAUCUCCUGGAAAGGAAGCAAUUCGGAAAAUCGUUAUUCAUGUUUCAAGGAAUGCAACAUCAGAUCGCUCAAGUUGCCACUCAGAUCGAAGCGGCACGUUUGAUGACUUAUAACGCAGCACGUUUGGUAGAACAGAAAAGAGAUUUUACGAAGGAAGCAGCGAUGGCGAAGUCCUAUGCAGCUGAAGUGGCACAAUUGACAACAGUCAAGUGCAUCGAUUGGAUGGGCGGUCUCGGUUAUAUGAAGAGCUUGCCGCAGGAGAAGUAUUAUAGAGAUGUGAAAAUCGGAAGUAUUUAUGAAGGCACGUACAAUAUUCAAUUGAAUACGAUCGCCAAUAAAAUUCAUAGUGAAUUUGGUUUAUAAUUUCAAACAUACGUUUGUUUUUGUAAUAAAAACUGGAAUUUACGUUUCUGAUAAACACCAAUUCUAGAGAAUUUAACAAAACACGAUAAAAACGAUGAAAUAAAAAAUUGAUGUUAUAAUUUAA